UUAUAAUUGUCUCUCCUUAUAUAAUUUUUUCAACAAAAUUUUACUUUAUUUUCAAUCAAAUUAUAAUAAUAACUUGUGGGUUUGUGUUGGAAAUAGGAAAGUUUAAACCUUUUUAGGUUUUUGAGUUAAAAAGAUCUGAUAAAAAGAAGGAUUUAGCAUCAGAUCCAAGAUUUUUAUAAGUAAAAAGUGGGAUUUUGUUCAAGAUAUGUUUUUGUUAAUAUUUAAUUAGGAUUUUGUUGCAUAAUAAUUAGGGUUUUUGGGAAAUCUUGAAAGUUUAUUAAUUAAUGGGGAUUUGUUGGAGUAUUCAGAUUAAAGCUGACAGUGCAUUUUUGACUGGUAUUGACUCGAAAACUGGAGAUAGAAAUGGGAACAGUAAUUCAAGUAGUAAAGUUUCAACUGGUUCUCAAACGCAAACGCCUCGUAGUGAGGGCGAGAUUUUGCAGUCGUGCAACUUAAAAAGCUUUACUUUCAAUGAACUUAAAAGCGCCACGAGAAACUUCCGUCCAGAUAGUGUGCUCGGGGAAGGUGGAUUUGGUUCUGUUUUCAAAGGAUGGGUUGAUGAGCAUUCGUUUUCAGCGUCAAAGCCAGGAACUGGUAUUGUGAUUGCUGUAAAGAGGUUGAAUCAAGAAGGAUUACAGGGCCACAAGGAGUGGUUGGCAGAAAUCAACUAUCUUGGCCAGUUACGCCAUCCUAAUCUUGUGAAAUUGAUUGGUUAUUGCUUAGAAGAUGAUCAUAGGCUUUUGGCUUAUGAGUUCAUGCCGAAAGGUAGCAUGGAGAAUCAUUUGUUCAGGAAAGGUUCUUACUUCCAGCCACUUUCUUGGCGUCUGCGCCUGAAAGUUGCUCUUGGGGCCGCAAGGGGUCUUGCAUUUCUUCACAAUGCUGAAACAAUGGUCAUAUACAGAGACUUCAAGACUUCAAAUAUUCUACUUGACUCGAACUUCAAUGCAAAAUUAUCUGACUUUGGGUUGGCACGGGAUGGCCCAACUGGUGAUAAAAGCCAUGUUUCUACUAGAGUUAUGGGAACCUAUGGAUAUGCUGCUCCUGAAUAUCUUUCCACAGGUCAUCUAACGGCAAAGAGUGACGUCUACAGUUUUGGAGUUGUUCUCCUGGAAAUCUUAUCAGGUAAAAAGGCAAUAGACAAAAAUCGUCCACCUGGAGAACACAAUCUAGUAGAAUGGGCUAAACCUUGUCUUACCAACAAACGAAGAAUCUUCAGGGUUCUGGACCCACGGCUUGAAGGUCAAUAUUCACUUGGACGAGCUCUCAAGUUAGCAAACCUUGCACUUCAAUGUCUAUGCAUGGAGCCCAAGCUGCGACCCACUAUGGAUGAAGUGGUGACCACUCUAGAAGAGCUUCAGGACAGUGAAAAACGUGAACGUAGGGAACCGCAAGUGAACUCUUCAACGAAUAAAGCCCGGUCCUGUAGACAAGAAGUUGGCACAGGGAUGGUUGCUUAUCCUAGACCUUCUGCUUCCCUUCGUGCUUAAGCCGAUGUUACUUUUUUGGGGGGUCUACUUAGUGUACAGCUCUUUUUUUUGGUCUGUUUGCAAGUGGGUUCGUGUAUGUCAGUGUCAAAGUGUAUGUUGUCAAAGACAUGUAGUUUUACCAGAAAGACUUGAUAAUUUUGGGUUGUGAUUAAGUUAUACCAUGUUGUAUUGAUCAGCUGAGUAGCUUUGGAUUAUUUUGCUAAAUGUAGAAUGCAGAUUUAAAAAUGCCAAUUCUCUUUUGGGUUCAUUGUUCA